UUAUGAUUUUAACACUUUAAGUAAACCUAAAUUGUCGUAAAUGAGUGAUGUUAGAUGUGUUACAAUAGGUUAUAUUCUGUUUGAUAACUUUCGAUAUAUCGAAAAUAUCGUUUUCAUGAAUCUAACUUUCACAAUCUAAACAUGCAUCAUGCUGUGAUUGGUUAUAUUCUUUCAAACUAACUUCACAAGACAUUAAUUAUAAACUAUCGAUAUAAAUGAUAUUAAAUGAUAUUACAUUAAUUCUCAUUAAUAUAUAAGAUUUAUAUUGUCAUAAUUUGUAAAAAUAGUAGCAAAGAAAUAUUGAGAAUCAUCUGUAAUCAUUUAAUUUUAUAGUAUGUAUAAAAGUAUUUUAAAUAUAUAAAAAUACUUUUUUAUCAAGAUUUAUGAGUAAAUAAUAAUAAAAGGGAUAGAAUGUUCAAAUUUGGAUUCUCUGAGAAAAAUGAUGCUGAAGAAAACAAUAGUAAUAAAGAAAAAUCCGUUCUUAAUUGGAUAAAUGCAUCUAGGAUAGAAGUAACACCGUGUGAUUACGAUCGAAAUUAUGAAUCCGAUGAAUAUAUAGAAACUAAAAUAUUUGAUGAAAUUAAAUUCAAGUUAAUCCGUUCUGACAAAGUACUAUGCAACUUAAUAGGAAAUAAUUCUGUAAAUAUAAUCGAAGCAGAAUCACAACAUUCCGAUCUUAUACCUGCAAAAUAUGAAGGUGGCUUGAAGAUAUGGGAAUGUACUUACGAUUUACUUGAAUAUAUAAUUCAAGAGAAUAUAAAACUUGAAACUAAGCUGGUGCUAGAUUUAGGCUGUGGUGUUGGAAUUAUUGGGUUAAUAGCACUCCUAAAAGGUUCCUUUGUUCAUUUUCAGGAUUAUAAUGCAGAAGUAAUUUCAUCCGUCACUAUACCAAAUGUUUUUUUAAAUUUCAAAGACAAGCAAAAAACAUUGGAAAAGUGUGAAUUUUAUUGUGGAGAUUGGGCAUCAUUUACGAUGCUUUUUGAAAAAAAUAUUAAAAAUGGAGAUCAUAAAAAAUAUGACUUCAUUUUUACCAGUGAAACUAUUUAUAAUACUGAAAAUCAUAAAAAAUUAUAUGAAGUAUUUAAGAAGAAAUUGAAACCAAAUGGCAUUGGACUCAUAGCUGCAAAGACCUAUUACUUUGGUGUAGGAGGAGGAAUGCGCCAAUUUGAAGCUAUUGUAAAGGAAGAUAAAAUGUUUGAUGCUGAAGUGGUCUGGAGAAAUUCAAAAGGUCUACAAAGGGAGAUAUUAAAGCUGUCUUGGAAAUAAAAGAAAUGUAAAUUCAACUUAAUAAAAUUUAAAGCAUUGGAAGAAAAAUUGAGACAAGCUGCAAUAA